AUGGUCGUUGACAUGAACUACGACUUCCGAGACCAAACAUGGUACAAUCUUGUGAACGAGCUUUUCGAAAACUUGUACCAGCAGGUUUACAGCGAAGGUACUAUCAAGUCGUACGACAAGCAGCCACACUUCACUGCGGAACAGCUCCACUCGUUCAAUGAGUUUGGGGAAUGGGAGAAGCAUACUGGCUUUUCUACUCUCAUCGAGUACAUACUCCAGAAGAGCAAGGGCGCACACACCGGCAAAGCUUCGUUCAUCCCUGUCGAAUGUACAUACGAUGUGGACUCCAAGCUACACAUGGCUUACCUCAUUACGGUCGCCCUGGCCAAGCGUUCGCGUGAUAAACCUGCCCUUAUCAAAGACGAUUCGGUUUAUGUCAUGAUUGAAGAGAGCACCCCCGUGAUUUCGAACAAGGCCUGGCGCGGUGAAAUCAUUUCUGCUACCGAAGUCAUCGGUAUGGAAGAAGUUACUAUGUUUAUUUGCCGUCCGAUGCUUGAAUGA